AAUAAAUCAACUCACACUGAAAAGAAAAGAGAACAAGGUGAAUUUACAGCAGUCUGGUCGAGUCCGCUGGUGUAAAAGUCGUCUUGAGGGCGUAGAGAAUCUCAGAGAUAGUUAUGGGCAGCUUCCCUGUCCCCCACAAGAAGCUCUCCUUGGAAAUUAAGGGGAGCAAAACAGAUGUAGUCAUUUGCAGUUAUGAUGAUCAUUUCCUUGUCAUUGCAACUCAAAUAGGAGCUAUGGGCACCAUACUGCAAGCCAGGAAGGAGGAAGGGAUGGCAAUCCAUCCAACAUUCAACGUGUCUGUAAUCUUUGGCAAGCGAGAUGAGCCAAUGCUAGUGUCCUGUGCUCGUCAACUUAUUGAACACAUCAGUAACUCAGGCUCCUCCAGGCCAUUAAUGCUUUCUCUUGGUCUCAAAGACCAUUCAGUGGAGACAUUGAAAGGCAUUGUUUCUGCUGUGAUCGGGAAUCGUCUCUGGUAGUAGUGUGAAGUUGUGAUCAGGAUUCGCCUUGCCUGUGACGAAUGAAGUUUGCUAUCGAAACCCUUAAUUACUUUCCAGCAAGAAUCAAUCCAACCCUCACCACAAGUAAUCAGUAGUAGGGUGUCAUCAUGUUAUAAUUUCAUUGCUUGACGAGUAGCACACAUCUUACCUUGGAGACAAUUCGAAGAAUUGAAGAACUGAUUGAUGAAACAGAUUAUUUAAGCUCAAUUGUAGUUUCUCUUAUUUUGGCACAUUCUGAUAACUUUUAGUGAAUUAUACAUUUAGGCCGUUGAUAUGACUUAACACUUGACAAAUAGGGUUGAUGGUUUCGAUUGAAUUAGAAUCUGUUUUGUUGUUU